GCACGAAUGCACAAUGCGAUCCGUAAUCAUGAACCUCCCCUCGGUGAUCUCACUGUAGUCUCAUUACGAGAUUGCCUGUUACUAUAUAAUAAUCCGGACUGGGCCACGAGGAUCUGGCGCUGCUCCUGGUAAAAAAACCCCCCCAAAUAACCCAUAUCAUACAAUGGCAUUCGGAUCAGCAUAUCGCCUCGACCAGCCCGGUGAGCAAUUUCUCAACAUCUACUCGGCGCCACGCGCCUGUAUUACCAGCGCCUUGCGGCUUUACCGAGCCCGAUGUCAAACGCAGCAACCACCACCACCACCACCGCGUUACCAGCCACCGCCAUCGUCACAGCCCCUCUGGAACUUACUACCGCCAGAGAUCGUCCGCCUGAUCCUCCUGAGCCUCGAUAUGAUCACGCUUGAUACCAUACGGCUAGUCAACACCACGAUCCAACAACAGGUAGACUCCUCCCUCUUCGAAUACAGCCUUCUCCGCACCCACGCGGUCCCAACCCUCAAGGUCCUCGACCUGACCCAGUGUACACACCACUUCUCGAUCCAGCAACUCUACCACGAAUUCAGCCAUCCGCAAUGCCGAACCUGCUCCGACUUCGGGCCCUAUCUCUAUCUUCCGACCCUCUCGCGGGCGUGUUUCCAGUGCAUCAUGAACCACUACCGAGACCAGGUCACCUCCUUCGAGCACGUGCUCCAGAUCUACCGGCUCCGGCUCGCCGACUGCCACCAUCUUCCGGUCGUCUACCCCUUCAUGAACCUGCGGGACAACCGGCCCGUGCCACCGGUGCUGCUCGUCGACGUGGCGCAGGCCGAGGCCCUGCAUCUGCAGCACGGCGGCGGGGGUCUCCCGCGGCUGCCGUGGGGGGGACUGUCGUCGGCGGGUCCGAGAUCCCGGCAGCCCAGUUUCCCGCAGCAAGCGCUGCCGGUCGUGGCAUUCCCGUACUGGGACCCGCGCGCCCGCGUCGCCGAGUCCGGUGUCUACUGUUACGGGUGCACGCUGUUCUGGGAGAAUGGCCGAGCCCAAGGAUGGGGGGACCUGCAUAACUGGGCGGACUACUGUGCGUGGAUUGCCCGACGGAAGGCGUCGUGGACCGAGGGGUUGGCCGCGCGUUCCGGGUCCCGGAUCUGCUCGAGCACCUCCGCUCGUGUCCGCAUGUGGUCAAGCGGUAUAGGCUGGGAAAACGGGCGCAUCGGUUCAAUAGGCCGGUCGGGAGGGUCUUUCGUGUGCCGAUUCAGAGCGAGGGCCAGGCUGUGAGACGGUCGGCGCGGCUGCGAGAGAAGGGGAAGAAGGGGAGGGGAAGAAGUAAGAAGCCGACGAAGGGGUGACAAGCAGUUGGCUUGGAGAGGCGGGGGCGAUC